AUGCGAGUUUCUGGGAUCCUGGCUGUCCUUUCUCUCGCCGUGUCGGGCAGUGUCGCAGAGAAAGAUGCCCCCGUCGUAACCGGCAAUCCUAGCAGUGUCGAAUACAAGGCCACUCUGCCCAAGAAGCCCUUCUUCGCCGAUGCUGCUCUAGCGGGCAAUGUCAAGGGCUAUGUUUCUGCCGUAGCUGCUCCCGGUGGCAAGGGCGUCAGGUUCAGCGUCCAAUUCGAAAACUUCCCCAAAAGCGGCGGCCCCUUUAUGUACCACAUCCACGAGGAGCCAGCUACCAAUGGCAACUGUACAUCAACCCUGGCGCAUCUGGACCCGUAUCAUCGUGGCGAGACGCCUGCCUGCGAUUCUUCCAAGCCCGAGACUUGCCAGGUCGGCGAUCUGAGUGGAAAGUACGGCAAGAUCACCUCGGACCCCUUCGUGGCCGAGUACUUUGACCUGUACACCUCUCUCCAGCCCGGCAGUCCAGCCUUCUUUGGCAAUCGAUCGAUCGUCGUCCAUUACGCAAACAAAACGCGGCUGACAUGCGCCAACUUU